GACCGCAGACUUGGGAACACUCAGAGUGGGAAAGGCUGUCGGCCCUGGAAUCACGUUGGUCAAUGCGGCUGGACGAGGCCCCUACAUUAGCCAUGGCCGAGUCCUGGCGUGACGUUGUGGCCGACGGCCCAGUCCCGAGCGGCAAGCAUGAGGGUGUUUGGCCCCUAGACGAGCACAACGUCCGCCUGCUGGACGCGGUGCACCCGCGCAGUUGGCCAGCACCUGCUGCAGAGGGUGUCAUCUACGACCUCGUAGCCGUGGGCGCCGGGUCCGGUGGCUUAGUCUCGGCGAAGCAAUCAGCACGCCGUGGUGCCCGGAGUGCCCUCAUCGAGCAGCACCUGGCCGGCGGGGACUGUUUGAACGUGGGCUGCGUGCCCUCCAAGGCUCUGCUGCGAUGUGCACGGGCCGUGGCCGAAGCUCGCAGGACGGAUUUGGGCUUCCUGAGCGAGUCGCAGGUACAGGCGCACUUCGCGAAGGUCAUGGAGCGCAUGCGAAAGCUUCGGGCAGACAUUGCUCCAGUCGACUCGCACGAGACAUCCAAAGCUGUCGGCGUCGAUGUCUACAUGGGCACGGCCACCUUCACUGGGAAGCACGAACUGGAAGUUGGAGGCAAGACGCUGCGCUUUCGCAAGGCUGUCAUUGCCACGGGCGGUAGGGCCAAAGUGCCCCCAAUUCCAGGUUUGGAUCAAGUGCCCUACCUCACGAACGCGUCGUUGUUCAAUCUGUCCGAGCUUCCUCCGAGGUUUGUCGUGGUGGGUGCUGGACCGAUUAGCUUAGAGAUGGCACAGGCAUUCCAGCGAUUUGGGAGCGAAGUGACGGUUUUAGAAGUCGCACCGCAAAUCAUGGGCUUGGAAGAUGACGAUGCCGCCAAGCUGCUGCGCGAAGUACUUGAGGAAGAAGGCAUUCGAAUCCACACUGCAUGCAAGAUCUCCGGCAUGUCUUCGACUUCAGCAAAAGCACCCAAGGAGGGGUGGCCGGAGAUCCGCAUCAACAUCUCUGUAGAUGGCGUGGAGAGCACGGUGGUCGGCGAUGCCCUUCUCAUUGCUGCUGGCAGGGUACCGAACGUGGAGGGCUUGGGUCUGGAGACUGCCGGUGUGGAGUACACCCCUGGCGUUGGCAUCAAGGUCAACGACGAUCUGACGACCUCCAACCCCGACAUCCUCGCCAUCGGCGAUGUCAUCGAGCGGCCCGACACGCGAUUCACGCACAUGUCGGGCACCAUGGCCGGCAUGGCCGUCCAGACUGCCCUGUUCCCUGACAAAGGCCUGCCAGUCAAUGCUCCAUCAAG